AUGAAUUCUCAAUUUAGAAGGUUAAAAAAUGAUAGAUCACAACAACACAUGGCAAGACUUUGCCAAGAUCAGAAUUAUGUUAGGAAAUCUAAUUUAUUACAAACUGAAUUUUGCAAUAAGAUUAAACCUAAUGAAUUAUGCGAAUUACCAUGUGCAGCUUGCUCUGGACUUUAUUGUUAUAAAAACUAUAAAGAAAUUUCAGUAAAUAAUAUUGAUCUUUCUCUACUUAAAGCUCUGAUUGAUUUUCUUGACCCAUUCUUUGAAAUUGAUUUUAAUUAUAAACAUCCUUAUAUUGAUAAUAGAUUAACCAUUCCAAAACAAAUCCUCAUUUCACCUGAAUAUUCAUAUAUGAAUCUUAUUCAACUAACAAAAAAAAAGUAUACACAUUAUAAACUUAAGGGUCAUAUUAUAACAUUUUCACAAAAUCCAAAAUUGUUAAUGAAUAUAUUACCUUUGCCUAUGUAUCGGCUUACUGACUAUUUAAAAGUAGUUUUUAUUGGAACACUUCAAUGGCUUUUUGAACAUAAUAAAUUAUUUAAAGAUAAAUUUAUCAUUGAUACAAAUUCUUUAAAUGUUCUACCUGAAGAAGAUAUUCCUGAACCCUUGCUUAUAACUACUACUGUUAUAAAUAUCACUUCUCAUGAAAUGAAGCAUUAUACAGACUAUGCUUUAAAUGAUUUGUUAGAUGAAAACUGUUCAGAUAACAAUAGUGAUAAUAACAAUCAAGAUUUGUUUGAAUGCAAUAACCAGGUUUUUAAAAACUUUAUUAAUAAUAAUUCUAUUAAUAGCACAAGUGAACUUAGACCAUCUGGAAUAUUGCAUGUUGAUAAUUCUAAUAAACAUGUGUCUUCAGAGCAAAAUAAAAAAUCAGUAAAUAUAUCUACGCAAUCACAUGUUAUUUGUGUACCUUAUAUUGGAGGUCAUGAAGGUAGAUCAACAUGUGUAACAUUAAAAAAAUAUGCUAAUCACCUAAUGCAUUAUCAUGAUCCAAAAUUUUGGCAAUACAGAUCAUUUCAAUUUGUUCUUUUUAAUGUUCUACAGCAUCGAGAACUACAAGAUAUAAAACAGUCUAUUGACCAAAUACAAAACAAUCAAAAGAUAUCUCACUUUGCAAUUAAUGAGCUUCUCAGAAAUAUAAAUGCCACUGGAUCAAAAUUAAUAGCUUCUCAUCAAUCAUGUGCUCCUAACCUUCAUAGCCCAAUCAUCAUGAUGUAUGCUGGAAAUGAAAUAGAUAUUGAAAAACUUACUUCUGAUAAUUUUCCUAAAGCAACUGAAAGGUCUUGUCUUGCACAUCUUGAUUCUUCUGCUGUUGCAAAGUAUUUUAAUAUGGUUACAGAAUUAAUUAUAAAUACACUAUUUGCUUAUAAUAAAGAAAAUGGUGGCAUAUUCAGUGCAAUGAAGAAUUAUUAUUGUGUUGUAGAAUAUCAGGAUCACAGCACUUCUUAUUGUCACAUGCUUGUUUGGCUAUAUGAAGCACUUAAUCCGAUCAUUUUAUGUAAUAAAAUUAAAGAAGAUAUUGAAUUCCAAGAUAUUAGCUAUUUGCUUCCAGAAGGUGAAGUUUUAACAAAUAAAAUGCUUGAAGCUAAAUAUGCUGUACUGAAAACAAUUAUUCAAAAACGAAUGCAUCUAUUCUUUAUGCCUAUACCUGAUCUCAAAUCUCCUAAUUUUGAAGAAAAUUUUCAACAAGACUUACUUGAUAUUGCUAAACAUAUGCUUUUUCAUUGCUUAAAUCCUUCAAGAAUAAUCUUUCCUGAUCAAGGCAUUAUUGCUGUUCAAUAUAAUAAUGCUUUUAUCAAUAAUCAUAAUCCCUACAAAACUGCUGCUUGUAGAAGCAAUAAUGAUAUUAAAUUUAUUGCAACACAUAAAUUAGCUCUAGCAUAUGUUUACUAUAUAACUGAUUAUAUUACUAAAUCUGAUCUCACUCAAGCAUCAGAUAAAACAUCAAUAGAUAUUGUAAAUAGAUCUCACAAGCUUGUGACAAAAUGCCUUAAUAAGAUAGUAGGCCAAACUGAACUUACGAGUCCACAAGUAUCUGCCUACUUACUAGGCAUUAAUGAUCAUUAUACCCCAAACACGUUUGUAUCAUUACAUCUUCAAUCUUUUGAAGAUUAUCUUAUGAUGGAAUGGAAAAAGCAUAUUCAAAAUUUUAAUAAAGACUUAGAUGAAUUUAAUGAUUGUUCUGAUACUAAUUAUGAUCAAAAUAACCAAUAUUAUAAAAAUGAAUCAUUUAUGAUAACAUUUUUUAAUAAUAAUUUAACUGCAAUAAAUCUUCAUGUUAAUUAUCAAUUUAGAGUGCAUAGAAGGAAAGGAACUGAAAGAGUAGUUGUUUUAUGUAAUAAGAGAGUCUCUAAAAUAACUGAUAUAGAAAACACAGAGUGUUAUGCAUGUCAAACUUUUUUAGAUGGAUUAGCGAUAUCACCAUGUAUAAAAUCUAUAAUUUCAAAUAUUGAACUACUACAUAAGUGUUCAGAAGAGACUGCACUGAAUCGUGAGUUACGAAAAAGUGCCUUAGAUAAUUCAAUUCUUGUGAAAGCCUGUCAUAUUAACUGUGGAUAUGAUAUAAAUGAUCAGCAUCUGUUUUCUGACAUUGAUGAUGACUUACUUGAUAAUGAUACUUCAAAAAUUACACAUACAUUUGAUUCUAGUGGUAUUGGCAAAUUUAAAGUCAUCCAAGCCAUUGAUUCUUAUUUUGCAUGUACUUUACAAUGUCAUACUCUUUAUAUAUUAGCACCUACUAGAAUUGCUGCCGCCAAUGUCUAUAGAAAUACUAUUCAUUCAGCAUGUGGGUUUGAAUAUGUUAUCUUAGAAGAGAUUUCUAUGAUUGGUAAAAAUCUUUUAGUGCAAUUUCAUGCUUUUAUAAAAAAAUUAAAAACUACUGAUAAUUCUGUCCCCUUUGCUGGAUUAAAUAUUCUAUGUGUUGGCGAUUUUAUGCAACUACUAGUGGUAUUAGAUACAGCUCUAUACAUGCUAGAUAAUAUUACCCAAAUUAAUUCACUUAACUCACAUUACUCAAAUAAUAUUAAACCUUCUUCAAUUUCCACAAAAAAAAAAAGUGCUAUAGACCCAUUAUCAAUUAACUACCACUCUGUCACUAAUACUACUGAGAAAAACCUUUGGUUAAAUGUUAAACAUGUAGUUAUUCUAAAAAAACCAAUGCAUCAGUUAGACGAUCCAUUUUAUGCUAGUAUUCUAGAAAGAAUAAAUGAAGGAAAUCUUACCAAAUUCCAAAAAUCUGCUUUAAGAUCGAAGAUUCUUGGUGAUAAUACAAUUAGUUCAAUAGAUUGGAGGGAUGCCAUUUUUCUUGUACCAAGAAAUGAUCUUUAUGUUCAGCUCAAUUUUGAUGCUACAAAAGAACAUGCUUAUUAUAACAAUCAACCACUUAUUUACUCUUACGCACAAGACUCUUAUAAUCGAAAUAUUCUUACCAGAAAUAUUCGAAAUAAAUUUUUAUCAACACCUGAUACAAAAGAUAAUGCACUAUGUGGUAUUCUUCCCUUAUCCAUUAAUAUGAAAGUGGUUAUAACUGUAAAUGUAUGUACAAAUAAUAACCUUGCUAAUAGCUCACAAGAAAUUCUUCGAGAAAUAGUAUAUGACGAUAAUUCUGUUGAAUGUUCACAUUAUAAUGAUAAUACUAUAAUAUUGAAAAGUCUACCAAAAUAUGUUAUAAUUGAACUAAUAGGCAGAACUCCUG